ACGUGGAAAUAGAUAUUGAAGAUUUAUUAUCGAAUCCAUUCAAUACACAACCUCCACCGUUGGAUGAGUUAAUUCGUAUAACUGGCUUUAACAAGGAUUGGAUUAUGUUUAUGUAUCGAAAUUUCAAGCAGGUUAAAAGAUUUCAUUACUAA